AUGAUGAUGGCAAGAACAUCAUCACCUUCUUCCUUUUCAUUACUUCCUCCAUCUUCAUUGUUGCAUCCACCACCUGCAUCAAUUCCGCAACAUGUUACUUCAUCAAACCCAACUUUACCUCCCGUUAUGAAUUUUAAUGCAAAUACCAACAACAGCAACACCAACAACACCAACAACAAUACUACUACAUUGUCAUCGGUCAACAAUGGUGUCUCAGCAUUAUCCUUUCCAAAUUAUAGUAACGAUACUGGUGGCUAUUCUUCCUAUCAUUACAACUAUCCCGUCAAUACAACAACAACAACCAAUCAUCAUCCUUCAUCCAUGACCGGGCAUACUCAUUCACUAUCAUCUUCUCUACUUUCCAGUCAACACUUCAUCAAUGACAUGAUCAUGUCUCCUAACAACCACCAACAACCAUCUGUUCCACCAAUGGUGACUCACAAAUCCUAUAGCCAACAACACCCGAUGCGAAGUAGUACAUUCCAAUCCAACACCAAUGGCGAUGGUCGUUCCAACAACAGUCAUCUUCCUCUCAGCUGUACAUUACCCAUCAACUCUUCUCAAUCCAUGAACACAUCAUUUUACUCGAAUUUAGGAAAUUCAACAGUUACUGCUGAGGGAAAAGACAUGAACCCAAACUACUCUUCCGAUAGAAACAAUUUUCUUUCGUCUUAUAACACAAAUCAUCAACAAGAAAGCGUGAUGGCUCCAAAUUAUGUUACUCUUUUAUUUCCUGAUUCUGGACCAAGAAAUAUAGACGAUCCUAUUACUCCUAAUUAUUAUCAAGCAAAUAAUAACUUUCAACCAACAAAUCAUCAUCUUCCUAUGAACACAAGUUUAUUUCAACAGAAUAAUCAGUUAGAACGAAGUUUUUACAAUCAACAACCAAACAUUUCAUCGAGUAAUGCUACAGCAUUAAUGAACCAAUCAUUUAAAGGUACUUCAGUCCACAACAUUCCAUUCAACAACAACAACAACAGCUACAACUCGUCAAACUCUUUUGAUCCACAAACCCCCAAAUUAUAUCCCCAAAAACCAAGUCACAACGCAAAUGGUACGACUAGUAGUAAUUACCCUCCCAAAAAUAGACCAGCAAUACUCAGACCCAAGGUCAUUAAUCAACGAACAGAUCCUCAAUAUCUUCAAAUGUUAAAAACUCCCACUUCAACGGUUAUCGAAAAUUCUGUUUCGGAAGCAAGAAAAAACACUGCUGUGAUUAAGUUAUCAGUUAAUGUUUUAAAAACUUACAAACAUAUUAAUGAUGUAUAUUAUCUGAAAAAGGAGGAAGAGAGAAGACUGAAACAAUUGAGGAAUGGAAAAUCACAUAGCUCCAAACAUAAGAAAACUAACUCUAAAACAAGUUUACCCUAUGUUAGUGAAACUGUAAAUGUAGAUUUGUAUCGACAAAAUACUAACAAUCCUAAUUUCAAUCAUGUUACGCUUCCUUAUCGGCCAACAAUUCAGCCAUAUCCUGAAGAAGAUGUCUCAAAUUCGAACAAUCCCAAUUACUCUCAGAAACAAGCUGAACUAUCCCAACAUCAUCCUUCAUUCUUAUCAUACGGUUCAUUUGGAAGCAAUCAAUUAUAUAAUUACUAUACUGCUGUGAAAAAUAAUUAUAUGGAUCCAACAGCCAUUACCGCUACUACGAACAUGACUCAGUUUAAUGCUUCAAUAAUGACUGCCAGUAAUACACAGAAUGUUGUGACAUCACAAGCUCUACCGUCGUUUACUGAACAGCAACAACAUAAUUCUUACAAAGCUGGGAAUGAUGGUACGGCUCCAACUUCUUCUGUAUCUUCUUUUUAUCAACAACAACAACAACAACAACAAACCCAACAAAACCAAGCAAUAACAGGAGUUGACGACUCACAAGGAAACUAUAUUGUACAGAUCAAUUUAAAUACAAAAGAUGCCAACGGAAAGAAUAACAUAGUGAGGAUGAAAGAAUAUUUUCAAUGGAAGAAUCAUUUAUGCAUUGUCUUUGAGUUACUUUCUAUGAAUUUGUAUGACCUCCUAAAGGCAAGCAAUUUUGCUGGACUUUCACUACUUCGUAUUUGUAAAUUUGGAAAGGAAUUACUUCGUACGUUGAGUUUUUUAUCACUUCCAGAGGUACAGGUCAUUCACUGCGACCUGAAACCUGAAAAUAUUUUACUCAAGAACCCAAAGAAGAGUAGUAUCAAAGUCAUUGAUUUCGGUAGCUCUUGUUAUGUCAACAACAAGAUGUACAAAUACAUUCAAAGCAGAUUUUACCGAUCUCCAGAAGUGAUAUUGGGUCUUCCGUAUGGCACUGAAAUUGAUAUGUGGAGCUUUGGAUGUAUUCUUGUUGAGCUACAUACUGGUAAUCCUCUAUUUGAUGGAAAGAACGAAACAGACCAAAUCUACAAAAUUAUUCAAGUCAUUGGAAUGCCACCAAGGCACAUGAUCGAGCAAUCCCCAAAAAGGGACAAGUUUUUCAAAUUGAACACUCUCACUAAUCAAUAUGAACCAUUAGAUUCCACAGUGAUACCGAAUUCCGUUUCUCUUUAUAACAUUAUCAUGAAUGUUCCUCCUAAAAGACACAUCUCUCCAUAUUCAUUCACUUUUGAAGUGCCUAUGAAUUUUAUGAAAUUGUACAUGCUGGUGAACAAAAUUCUUCAAUACGAUCCACAUAUUAGACUGAAGCCACAGUUUGCAACUCAAGAGGACUUUUUUAAAAUUAGUGACAUUGCUCAAGCUGUUUUGGAAUCGCCCUCAUUCUUGCAUAAUGGAACGUCAAGUCCCUAUACUCUCUACUCGCAUGUAGCAAAUGCUUCCAUGUUAUCAAAUUCUCAACCACCAACAGUCAUGCUACAACCGUCGAAACAAACCAUGAUUCUCACUGGUAAUAGUAGUGGCAACACCAACAACAUUCCAACCAUGUACAGUGGAAUCAAUAUGGGAUACAAUGCAUUAAGCCAUAACACUUCUACAAAUAAGAUGCAACACACUUUUAACUUGUAA